AUGCCACUCUUUGGACAGCGACCGCCUGCAACCCAAUCCGACUCGUCGUCGAGCAUCUUCUCCUUUAGGAGCAACAAGAGUACCAUCAACAAGGCGCAUCCAUCAACGAAUCAAAACGCUGGCGGCACAAUUGGUCAGCUUUGUGUUGUCUGCAUGGUCUCGACGGCCAGGCCAGACAGUGUAUUCUGCGGGACGACGUGUAUGACCCGCGCUCAAUCGUUUGGUCCGCACUUGGCUGCUCUCCAGCCUACACACCCCCUGUAUCACACCAAACUCUUUGGCAAGGGCUGGAGUCAUGAUACACCAAUACCGGUGAUCGAAAAGAUUUAUGCGGUCGUGGCUCCAGAGAACAGACACAACUUUUACCGCACCUACAGGAAUUAUAUCGAGUCGAAGCGCAAAUUAAAGUCCAAAAGUGUUAAACCUGGAAACGAGCAAUGGCGCUGGCAUGGAACAUAUUGUGGGUGCUCCAUCACUACGUACGAAUCCAGAGGUGCAAUCUGCCUCGCGCCAACCUGCUCUCUCUGUGGCAUCAUUCGUAACUCGUAUGAUAUAGCCUGGUCCGGGCGGAAGUGGGGAAGAUAUGGGAGAGGUAUUUACACGACUUGUACAUCCUCAAAGGCCGCCGACUACUCGCGCACUACGCCCUCGAACCCACUAAAAGCAGUCAUCCUCAACGACGUCGUGGUUGGCAAAGGGGCCGAAAUUGCAGGCGAUAUGCCAAACAUGACCGAGCCACCAUCAGGAUACGACUCUGUGCUUGCUAUCCCAUCCAAGCGUCUCCAUCGUGGUGGCGCCCCUCGUGGACUCAACUACGACGAGACUGUCGUGUACAACAACUCUGCGAUCGACCAAUGUUCAUCAUCCUCUAUCUUCCACUCCCUGCAUAGUUUCCCCAUCUCACCCGCGGUCAACGGACGUCCAAACCUUCCGACACGAGCAAUGCUAUUUAUCCUCAUAAACCCUCGCAGAACCCAAAUGUCUGACAGACGUUUGCGGGAGACUGGUCACGAGCCACAUGCUCACGCAUAUAUCCUAUGUCCACAAAUCGCCCAAGGGUUCCAACUUCAGUACAAUGGAAAGAUAGUUUUGGGCAGAAUCAGAGAGCCGAUGGUCUGGGAAAGCACGAGCACGCAGAGCACACGUUUGACCUCUACGAAGACGGUGAUCACUCUUGCCUCUUUAGAGGGUGGCAACGCAUGCUCUGCUAAACGAAGAUAG